UCUGGCUUUGAAAUCCCCACCGACCGCGGCCGCCAUCCCUCGCUUCACCCCUACUUAAAAUCUCCGAGCAGCCUCCACCUCGGCACGCACAGCGGCACAGACCCUGAGACCGGCAGCAUACUCGACUCGAGCCGCCGGAGCAAGCAAGCACGCGCGUGCAGCGUGCCAGCGUCAGGCUAGCUAGCUCGAGCUCGAUCAGACGCGCAGACAAGCAAGCAGGCAGGCAGCGGCGAUGGCGAUCGUGGGCGCGGAGUACUGCGACCCCGAGGAGCGCGUCCUGACGGUGCGCAAGACCUCGCACUUCUCCCCCGGCGACGGGUUCGCGGCCUACGACCACCGCACGGGCGGGCUGGCCUUCCGCGCCGACACCUACGGCCGGGGCCACGGCGGGGGCGCGGCGUCGGCGGGCGAGCUCGCGCUGCUGGGCCCGGGCGGGGAGCCGCUCCUAACCGUGCGCCGCCGCCGCCCGUCGCUGCACCAGCGCUGGGAGGGCUUCCUGGGCGCCCGGGCCGACGGCCAGAAGCCGCUCUUCUCGGCCCGCCGGUCCUCCUUCCUCGGCGGCGCCGCGGCCGGCGCCGUCGUCGAGCUCCUCCCGCCGCCCUCCUCGUCGCCGCCGGGCGCCGCCCCCGAGCUGCUCCGCGUCGACGGGUCCUUCGCGCGGCGCUGCUGCCGCGUAGUGGCGGCGCCCAGGGCCGAGGGGGAGAAGGCCAAGCUGGUGGCGGAGAUCAGGAGGAAGGUGGACGAGGGGACGCGCGUGGUCAUGGGCCGCGACGUGUUCGUGCUCAAGGUGAGCCCCGGCUUCGACGCCGCGUUCGCCAUGGGGAUCGUGCUCGUGCUCGACCAGAUCGCCGGCGACGAGCCCGGAGCCGACGCCGGAGCGGACGCCCUCGACGCCAAGAUCUGGUGACCGGUUUUGCAGGCCGCGUACGCCUUGGUUUAGCUGUGUGUAUAGACGAGACCUCGCUCGCGAUCUUGCUCUCUUCUCUUUUUUCUUCUCCAGGCGUGCUCCGUCGUGUAGUAUGCGCUUGGCUCCGGAGAAAUGGCAAAGCAUAAUACGUGCUCGGUUUCACCUUUGGUUGAUUCUCUUCGCCAAUUAUGAGUUGCAGUAAAUUACUAUCACCGUUACAUCAAA